AUGUGGUGUGGGCGCCGGUUCAAAAUCACUAGCGAGUCCUACUUCAACUGCAAUGCAAUGGGAAAAGAAGCAAGGAGUACAAGGAACACACACUAUGUCAACAGAGAUCUCCUCAAAGGAAAGGAAGAUGGCUGUACUCACACCAGUACACCAGUGCUCUACACUACUGCUUGCUGCAUCACAGCUCUCACACACAAUGCCAGAAGAUACAAAGUUAAAAAAAGGUGGACAGAUGGACCUGUUCAAGUCUCGGUUGGUACUGCAGCAGCCUUGCCGGUCCAAGCAAUCAAGAUCAUCAGCAAGUCAAUAACGGAGACGGUCGAGCACUAUCAUCACACUGAACCUGCAACACCAGUGAGAUGA